AUGGCUCCAUAUGAAGCCCUGUACGGAAGAAAGUGUAGAUCCCCUCUGUGUUGGACUGAAGUUGGAGAGCGAAGUAUUUUGGGGCCCGAUGUGAUUCAAGAGACCUCUGAACAGGUGAAGAAGAUAAGAGAAAAUAUGCAGCGAGCGCAGGCCAGGCAGAAAAAUUAUUACGACAAGCGUCAUAAGCCUCUAUCUUUUGAAGUGGGAGACCAUGUAUUUUUGAGAACCACACCCACCUCGGGGCUCGGCAGGAGAAUGAGAGUCAAGAAAUUAAGUCUGCGGUUUCUGGGACCGUAUCUCAUUUUGGAUUGGAUUGGGGAAUCAGCGUAUCGUUUGGCGCUACCGCCUAAUUUGUCAGGGAUCCAUGAUGUAUUCCAUGUGUUGCAACUGAGGAGAUAUCUCUCCGAUCCAUCUCAUGUGUUACAGCCGGAAGAAAUAGAGUUAAGGGAAAAUCUGACGUACCAGGUCCAGCCGUUCCAGAUCCUGGAGAGAUCUGUUAAGCAACUUCGUUCAAAAGAGAUUCCGUUGGUGAAAGUGUUGUGGAUCAAAAAAUCGGCAGCUGAAGCUACAUGGGAGCGUGAAGACGACAUUCGGGAAUGUUAUCCCGAAUUGUUUAAUUAG